AUGUCCGUGGUCAACAUUCGUCGCGAUGUCGAUGACAAAUUCUAUCGAUACCGCAUGCCUCUCCUGCAAACCAAGAUUGAGGGUAAGGGCAACGGUAUCAAGACCGUUAUUCCUAACAUGGCUGACAUCGCUCGUUCGCUCAGCCGUCCUCCCACCUACCCGACCAAGUUCUUCGGCUGCGAGCUCGGCGCUCAGACUUCGUUCGACGAGAAGAACGACCGCUACAUCGUCAAUGGCGCCCACGAUGCCGACCGUCUUCGCGAGCUGCUCGACGGUUUCAUCGACAAGUUCGUCCUCUGCGGCGACUGCAAGAACCCCGAGACGGAUCUCAAGAUCCUCAAAGACGGCGACAUCCUUCGCAACUGCAAGGCCUGCGGCAAGCGCACCGGCGUCGAUAUGAAGCACAAGCUCACCACCUUUAUCGUCAAGCACCCGCCUCCCAAGCGAGUCAAAGGUGCCAAGGGUGCCGGCAAAUCCGCCGGUCAGGACGCCGGCGAUGCUGGUUCCGACGACGAGCUGACCAAGCGCAUCAAGGCCGAAGCCGCCGAGAUCCCUACCGCCGAGCAGCGCGGCAACGUCGACGACGACUGGUCCGUCGACACCUCGGAAGCUGCCGUCGCUGCUCGCGUCAAGGCACUCGAGGGCGGCGUCAAGUCGUCGCUCGUUCUUGGCGAUGACGACGAGGACGAGGACGAGGACAGCCCCUACGCCCAGUUCGGCCAGUGGCUCCAGGCCAACCGCAAAGGAGGCGACGAGGGUCGCGAGUGCACCCCCGCCGAAGUCUACAAGAAGGCGCAGGAGUUUGGCAUCGAAAAGAAGCACAAGACCGUCCAGGUGCUCGCUCAGGCCCUCUUCACCGAAGACGCUCCCAAGGAGAUUGAAAAGUACGGCGCCGUGCUCGUCAAGAUGGUCGGCGACAGCGAGAAGCACCAGAAGGCUAUGCUCGGUGGCUUUGAGCGUCUCGCCGGUGUUCAGUACCCCAACCUCGUGCCGAAUGGUGUGCCCAAGAUCCUCAUGGCGUUGUACCAGAUCGACGUGCUCGACGAGGAGUUUGUCAAGAAUUGGGGCACGCACGUCAGCAAGAAGUACGUCGACAAGGAUGUCAGCAAGAAGGUGAGGAGGGCCGCUGCGCCGUUCCUCGAGUGGCUCGACCAGGCGGAUUCCGAGUCCGAGGAGGACAGCGAUGAUGACGAUGACGAGGAGGAGGAGGAGGAGGCACCCAAGCCCAAGGCCAAGGCAAACGGGAACGGCGUCAAGAAGCAGGCCGCGCCCGCUCCCGAGGAGGACGAGGACGACGAUUCCGACCUUGACAACCUCUAA